AUGGCCAACUCCCAAUUUCUGUUACUUCGGCUUCUGCUGUUGGCUAUAGCGGCUUGCCUUGCUACCGCAGCCUGCGAAUGUGGCUUCACUACAGCGCAGUCGUCUGCCAGCAACAGCUCUUUGACAUUCACAAAUGCCUUCGAGACUGACUUUACCGCCAUCAAGAAGCCUUCCGAAAUCCGUGGCUGGCGCGGCCAGCAGUACAAUGUGACUGCUGCGCAAGGCCGAGGCCAGUACGGAAAAGCUUUCACCCUUGACAAUAUUGCUGCUUGCCCCAAGGGAAGCCCCAAGAACGAUGGCUGCGCCAACAAUGGCGCAGACGGCAUUACACUCCACGUCGGGGGCCAGCUCUCUGAUGGCGCCGUCACGGCUGCCGAGAUGGCCACAUCGCCAGACAACAUGACUUGGGGCUCCUAUCGAUGCGGGAUGCGUCUAUCCGCUUUCUUCAACGACACGCAAGAGAUUGACAUUGAGUUUCUGUCCCGCGAAUUCGACUUUGAAAACAACAUCUACCCAGUCAAUCUGGUGAUUCAGUCCAUGGCGUCGAUGCAGGCGGGCUACGACGCCGCAAAGUCGGGCAACUUUAAGCGCGCAAAUCUAACCUUUGACCCCACAAACGGCUUCCACGAGUACAGAUUCGACUACCUGCCGGGAAAAGUGCGAUUCUACGCAGACAGCAAGCUGCUCGCCGAAAUGACGGGCGCGGACACGCCGUCGACGGCUGGGCAUCUCGUGCUGCAGCACUGGAGCAACGGAAACGCGCUCUGGUCGGGGGGGCCGCCGACGGUGGACUCGCCGAUUGUCGUGAGUUAUGUCAAGGCCUACUUUAACUCUUCGGAUGCACACGAGACGAACAAAUGGGGAAAAAGUUGUGACGAGGCCAAGGUGGCUACGUGUGUGAUUCCAGACGUGGGUGUCGAGAAUGCAACUACUGGUGGCCAGUUCUUGUCUCGGCAAAACUCGAGCACUGCUUCUGCGCGGCCGCAGCUUGCUCAGGGGUUGCUCUUUGCUCUGUCAUGGGUGUUUGUUUUGAGUGUCGCUUUCUUUUAG